GCAAGAAAUCUAUACGCCUUCUAAAUUCAUUGCUGAAUCCAAAAAAUGUCUGAAAAAUAAUCCGCCAAAUUUGAUAAUGAGUAGUGAGAACGCAUGGGGUGGAUUUUGUGCCGCUGUGGCCUUGUUCUUCAAAGACUUAGUGAUUAAAUUAGAUGGGGUUGAAUUUAUUGGAAUAAAUCUUCUUACCCACUCUGCGACUGUCGGAAUGGGUUUUUUCUUGGCUGGUAUGAUGUCACGUUUUUUAUCUAAAUCUGGUAAUGCACUUGCUGUAGAAUAUGCCAUAGAGUUCGUUUAUUUUUAUAAUAAUCAGUAUUGAUAAUUGGGUAGUUAGAGACGGGAAAAAUCGAAUUAGAGCGAAUUAGGAAGCGAAUACCUCGAAUUCAAAAUUUCGAUUUUUUCGGCUUUCUUUUCGGAUUUCCUAAACUUUACAAAUAUAUUUGCUUUCUAAUUUUAUAGAUGCCACAAAAACUUUUAUAGAGGGUUUUUGAUCUAUACCCUGGUUGAGGAAUUCAUUGUGGAAAUAGAGAAUUACAUUAAAAAAUUGGAUGGGCUAGACAAGAAAACUAUUGCAGCGAAUUUAUCUCGGUGUGUGACAGCAGGAAAGUAUGAAAAACCAAAAAAAACUCUUUAUUUUAACAAAAAAAAUGGUAAAGACUUUAUUUGCGGAGUCGAAUAUUCUUUUGAAUUGGAAAUUGAUGACAAACCGGAGCAGGAUGUUUAGUCUGGUGUUUUAAAUGAAUAAAAAAUUAUAGACAAAUUUAAAAAAUAUCGAAUAAACCUCAAAUUUUAAAAUUUUUUGUUGCAUUAUAUUGAAUUACCGGUAAUUUUUUGUUUUCGCUAAUCUCUGAUUAUUUUUUUGUGAUAAAAAGAUGACUAUAAUCGUUACCCCUUUUCAAUUGUUUUUUAAAUCCAUUUUCAUUCCUCAAGUUCUCUCUAUUUCCUAUGUGUGUAUUCAAAUUAGAG